AUGGGACUUGACCAGCAUGCCAUUGACAAUGUUGGCUCUCACGACGCGGAGAAGCAGGAGGACGGCAAGAUGUCGUCGGCUCAGGAUGCGUUUGGGGAUGAGGAGCUGGCGGAGGUCAAGUAUAAGGUGCUGAACUGGUGGCAAUGUGGUUUCUUGAUGGUGGCUGAGACGGUCUCGCUGGGUAUUCUAUCAUUGCCUGCUGUGAUCUCUUCACUGGGACUGGCUCCGUCUAUCGUCAUGCUGCUCUUCCUCGGCGGCAUGGCCACGUAUACCGGCUAUGUGAUCGGCCAGUUCAAGUGGCGCUAUCCUCACAUCCACAGUAUGGGUGAUGCAGGCGAAGUCCUCAUGGGCAGCAUUGGCCGUGAAGUCUUAGGGACUGGUCAAUUGCUCCUGGUCAUUUUCAUCAUGGGCAGCCACAUUUUGACGUUCACCGUGGCUAUGAAUUCCAUCACCAACCAUGGCACAUGCUCGAUUGUGUUUGGCGUUAUUGGUUUGGUUCUUUCCUUCUUCCUUUGCUUGCCGCGAACUCUGUUGAAGGUGUCGUGGCUGUCGAUUGUGUCAUUCAUCAGUAUCUUUUCCGCCGUCAUGAUUGCCAUGAUUGGUGUUGGUAUUGAGCGUCCUUGGUCUGGAGGCGUCAAGGCUACUAUCGAUACAGACUUGUAUCAUGCGUUUUUGGCCGUGUGCAACAUUGUCUUUUCAUUCUCCGGACACGUCGCUUUCUUCGGUUUCAUGGCCGAGUUGAAAGACCCAAAAGACUACCCCAAGUCGCUUUUCCUGCUCCAGGGAAUCGACACUUGUCUGUACAUGAUUGCCGCCGUGGUCAUCUACUGCUACGCCGGACAAGACGUAACAUCGCCUGCUCUGGGCUCAGCCAGUCCGGUUGUUCGCAAGGUAGCCUACGGCAUUGCAUUGCCUACUAUCGUCAUCUCCGGUGUCGUGAAUGGCCACGUUGCUGCGAAAUACGUCUACGUGCGUCUCUUCCGUAACAGUGACCGUCUUCACAAGCGAGACUUUGUCGCCACCUGGUCGUGGGUUGGUAUUGGGCUGGUUUUGUGGGUUAUUGCGUGGAUUAUCGCCGAGGCGAUUCCGGUGUUCAGUAAUCUGCUUAGUUUGGUGGCUUCGCUUUUCGCUAGCUGGUUUACUUAUGGUUUGAGUGGCAUGUUUUGGCUGUACCUCAACAAAGGCCAGUACUCUGCCACGCCGAUGAAAAUGAUUCUCACCGUUGUCAAUAUCUUUAUUAUCGGGUGUGCAGCAUGCAUUUGUGGUCUUGGACUCUACGUCUCCGGCAAAGCAUUGCAUGAUAAUCCCAGCAGUGCCAGCUUUUCCUGUGCGAAUAAUGCUUAA